AUGCCGAGAAUGAUGCACAGUGAAGACGACUUUAGAGACGAGGUUGAGGACGAGGCGGUGGAAGCGACGAACGCAGAGGCAUCGAGAGACGGCGAGGCGAAGCAGAGCAUGAAGAAGGGGCCGUGGACGGCGGCGGAGGAUGCCAUUUUGAUGGAGUACGUGAACAAGUACGGCGAAGGGAAUUGGAAUUCCGUGCAGAAGAACUGUGGGUUGACGAGGUGUGGCAAAAGUUGCAGGCUCAGAUGGGCCAACCACCUCAGGCCUAAUCUCAAGAAAGGUGCUUUCUCUCAGGAAGAAGAACAGCUCAUCGUCGAGCUUCACGCCAAGCUCGGAAACAAAUGGGCUCGCAUGGCUUCCCUGUUACCUGGGAGAACUGAUAAUGAGAUAAAGAAUUUCUGGAACACGAGAAUGAAAAGACGCCAGAGAGCUGGGUUGCCUCUGUAUCCUCCAGAACUCCAAGAAGAAGCUUCUCUGCAUCAUCUUCACCAAAAUCCGCAAUACCAUGCACCACCACCUCACCAUUCUUCUUCUUUCUCAUUUUCUUCUCUCCUAUCUUCUUCCUCCAACAAACGCCAUAAGCUCAGUCGCCAGCUAAACAACCUUGGUUAUGAUAUAACUUACGACAGAAGCAAUCAACACCAUCAAAACAUCGGCCUGCCAUUACUUUCCUCUGUUUCUCCAAAUGGGUUUAGUUAUUCCGGUGGUACGAUGACAGAGAUCUCUUCGACCCGAUCGGAAACGCCUCCUUCUUCCUACAGUACUGGUGGGGUUCAUGGCUUGAUGGGAGGUUCGACCAUUAGUCCUGGACUUGACUACCAUGAAGUUGCACCAUUGUCAUCAUCAACUGAAGGAAACAGCGGGCUUUUGGAUGCUUUAUUGAUGGAGUCUCAAGCCCUUUAUGAUUCUGCUGCAGGAAGGAAAUUAUCCUUGAAGAGGAAACGAAUUGCAGACGAGGAAGACAGAGACACUGAACAAUUGGAUUCCGAUGGGAAGGAUAAUAGUGGUGGACUCCAGAGGGAUGAUUUAAGCUCUUCUCAAUUAUCAACAGAGAAGAAGGCAUCAUCAGUUAGGGAUAACGAUCCAUUGGAGGAGAUGAGUUCCAUGGACGAUGACUUGUUUAGCCUGUUGAACAAUUUUCCGUCAGAAAUGCCAGUGCCUGAGUGGUACCGAAGAGGAGAAAGACAAGCACUGGGAGUUGAAAAUCAACAAGAAGCUUCCCUGGGACAACCUAAUCAGCAAGUUGCUUGGACCCUCGGAACCUGUUGGUCGAACGACCUGCAUAGUAUAUGCUAA